UUAAGAAAAAUGGAUGAGGAGUUCAGAGAUAGAAUCAGUUUUUUUUUAGGUCUAAUUUUUACGGAGAUACACAAAUUCAAACAUAAAAAAUGUCGGCGAAUGAGCUUAACUUGUUCGAUAUACAUACAUGUAAGUCUGGACAUGAAUACAAGAAUGGAGACUGUACUGAGUGUGGCAUUGGCUUCUACAAAGAUGAAGAAGGAGACGCUGACUGUACAAAGUGUCCUAUACACACAACAACAUCUGGACGAGGGUCCAGGUCGAUUUCAAGCUGUAAUAGUACAAUGUGUGAAGCAGGAUUUUAUUCCAUGGACAACUUUUCUUGUCUGGCGUGUCCAAAUGGUACCUACAAAAGCACACCUGGGAAUCAAGCAUGUUUACCUUGUCCACCGGGCAAAACAACAAUUAGGACUGGAAGUACAGACAUUGGAUAUUGCUCUAAGUCUCUUUGUGGACCAGGACAAGAAUACAAGAAUAACAACUGCUCCGACCGAGUGUAACAUGGGCUUCUACAAAGAAGAAGAAGGAAAUGGUGACUGUACGGAAUGCCCUGAUCAUAAAACAACAUCUGGACAAGCUUCCACAUCUAGAUCUAGUUGUA